UCUAUCUCUCAUCUCUCUCUCUCUUCCAGUCAGCAGAGCAGAGGAACAUUCAGACGAAGCAAAGCAUAGAAAGACAGCGCAGAAGGAAGUGAAAAAUAAAAAAUAAAAAAAAAAUUUGCUGCAAUGGAUUUCGUAUCUCUGUUGGUCCCCUUUUUUGUUUUAAAGCUGAUCAUCAAAUUAAAGCACUCCAACCCCAAUUCCUCCAUCAUUAGGCGUCUCUUCCAAGCAACCCUCCAUCCCCACCCCCAUUAACUCUCUCUCUCUCUCUCUCUUUACCCACCUACUCUCUCUCUCUCUCUCUCUCUCUCUCCUCUGCACACUGAACCAAAUUCAAGUUUUUACCAGCCACUUAUCAGUUCCCUACUUCUUGUAAUACAGAAACAGAAACCCAAUUCUUCAUUUCAGUUGUGGGUAUUUGAAAUAUAUCAAUUUUUAGCUUGAAUUUAUCGAAUUUGAUUCUGGGUACCUCAGCUUUUCAGCCAUGCCAGGCUUAGUCUCACCCAAAAGCUCGCCUCUUGGAGCACCUUCGCCGCCAAUUUUCGUACCCGACCCGGCCCGCAAAACAGAGCACUCCAAUGGCGCCAAAACCCCAUCGCCUUCGACCACUCGGGCCAGACCUGCCAAAAAACCAGCCUCAGAGAAGCUACCCAUCGACGAGACCUCGCUCGACAACCCGGAUCUGGGUCCCUUUUUGCUGAAGCUCGCCCGGGACACUAUUGGGUCGGGUGAGAACCCGAAUAAGGCCUUGGACUACGCCAUUCGGGCAUCCAAGUCAUUCGAGCGCUGCUCCGGUCCUGGUCUUGACCUGGCUAUGAGCUUGCACGUAGUGGCGGCGAUAUAUUGUAAUUUGGGCCGGUUUGAGGAGGCGGUUCGGAUCUUGGAGAGGUCCAUUGAGGUGUCGGAUCUGGAAAAUGGGUCGGAUCAUGCGCUGGCAAAGUUCUCGGGGUACAUGCAGCUGGGUGACACGUAUUCGAUGCUGGGACAGCUUGAGCAGUCUAUUUUAUGUUACGGGUCGGGUUUGAAGAUCCAAAAGGAGACUCUGGGUGAGUCGGAUCCGAGAGUUGCAGAAACUUGCAGGUACCUAGCAGAAGCCCAUGUCCAAGUAAUGCAAUUCGACGAGGCGGAGAACUACUGUAAGAAGACGCUUGAAAUCCGCAGGAAGCACAACUCGCCAGCGUCUGUUGAAGAGGCUGCUGACCGGCGUCUCUUGGCUCUCAUUUAUGAGGCAAAGGGAGAUUACGAAUCUGCACUUGAGCACCUUGUCCUUGCAAGCAUGAUAAUGAUUGCCAAUGGACAGGACAAUGAGGUUGCCGCUAUUGACAUGGGCAUUGGCGAUAUUUACUUGUCUCUUUGCCGCUUUGAUGAGGCUGUUUUCUCCUACCAGAAAGCACUUACUGUCUUGAAAUCCAUGAGGGGCGAGAAUCACCCUUCAGUAGCAUCCGUCUUUAUUCGCCUUGCUGACCUGUAUUACAAGACGGGUAAGUUAAGAGAGUCUAAAUCCUACUGUGAGAAUGCUUUGAGGAUAUAUGCAAAACCUUUGCCUGGAAUCGUACCCGAGGAACUUGCUAGCGGGUUGACUGAAAUCGCAGCCAUCUAUGAAGCUGUCAAUGAGCCGGAGGAGGCACUGAAUCUCUUGCAGAAGGCGAUGAAGUUAUUAGAUGAUACACCUGCACAGAGGAGCUCUAUCGCAGGAAUAGAAGCACAGAUGGGCGUUAUGUUCUACAUGGUCAGGAGGUACAGGGACGCUUGGACGUCUUUUGAGAGUGCUAUAUCAAAGCUUAGGGCCGGCGGGGAGAGGAAAUCUGCCUAUUUUGGUGUUGUGUUGAACCAGAUGGGAUUGGCUGGUGUGCAGUUGUACAAAUUAGACGAGGCUGCUCAACUUUUUGAAGAAGCAAAGGAGAUACUUGAGCAGGAGUGUGGCCUUUGUCACGCCGAUACUCUUGGAGUGUAUAGUAAUCUUGCAGCCACAUAUGAUGCCAUGGGAAGAGUAGAAGCUGCAAUUGAGAUGUUGGAGCACGUCUUAAAGGUGAGGGAAGAGCAGCUUGGGACGGCAAAUCCAGAUUUUGACGACGAGAAGAAAAGGCUAGCUGAUCUUUUGAAAGAAGCAGGAAGGGCAAGGAACAGAAAAGGAAAAUCACUCGAAAAUCUCCUCGAACCCAACUCCCAAAAGACGAAGAAGGAAGGAUCGAAGAGGCGGUCUGGAUUUGGAUACAAAACCUGACGGAGAGACGCCUCUCUCCCCGGCUCUUCUUUCCCUUGCUGCAAAUUUUGUACAUAUCAUGUUUAAGCUAUUGAACUUCCACUUGGUUUCACUUCCUGUAUUUCUUUUACUCUCGUUCACUUUAUUCCUGGAUGCUUCUCUUGUGAAAUUUAAGUCGUGUUUGGACCUU